AAAUCUGAAUUGUUAAUUUUGAUUGUUUGUAAUAAAAGAAAUUAACUUAUCAUUCAUUUAAGAGAAUUAGGCAGAGUUUACAUUUUUCUAUUCUAUUUGAACCUUUUUGAAUAUUAUUUAGUCUCUCUUUUGUUUCUAUUCUAUGAAAUAUAAUGAGUGUUACCAAUAAACCUGAUGAGUCAGGUGUUGAUCUUUUACCCGGUGAAGUAAUUGUUGGUCAAUUGGAAAAGAAAACGGUUAAUUAUGUUUGUCCAUUUUCUGGUGCUGUUCCUGGUGCUCUCUCAUUAACCAAUUAUCGUCUGGUAUUUAGAAAUUUUGAUUCUGAUAAAGUAAUUAAAAUUGAGGUUCCAUUGUGUACAAUCAAUCGUAUUGAAAAAAUAGGUGGUGCUACAAGUAAAGGUGAAAAUUCAUAUGGAAUUGAAUUAUUUUGUAAAGAUUUUCGUAAUGUUCGUUUCGCCCAUAAACAGGAGAAUCAUUCAAGAAGAGAAUUGUUCAAUAAACUGUGUCAAUAUGCUUUCCCGGUGUCAAACAAGUUACCUUUGUUUGCUUUUAUCUACAAAACUGCUGGAGCCACUUUCCAAUUCAAUGGUUGGUCAGUUUAUGAACCUAUAGCCGAAUAUAAAAGAUUAGGAUUACCGUCUGAAAGCUGGAAGAUUAAACAUAAUGAAAACUAUUCUCUCUGUGACACUUAUCCAGGAGUAUUAGUUGUUCCUGUUAAUGCUGGUGACAGUUGCCUGAAAGCAGUGGCCGCUUUUAGGAAAAAGGGACGUCUACCUGUUUUAUGUUGGAUCCACCCUUUAACUCAAGCAAGUAUCACUCGAUGUAGUCAACCUAUGGUUGGUGUGGCCGGUAAAAGGAGUCCAGAGGAUGAGGCUUAUAUCCAAAUGAUCAUGGACGCCAAUGCCCAAUCCCACAAGAUUUACAUUAUGGAUGCUCGGCCUCAUCCAAAUGCGGUUGCCAAUAAAGCUCGUGGAGGAGGUUAUGAGAGUGAAGAAAACUAUGUUAACGCUGAGAUUUCCUUCUUGGAUAUUCACAAUAUUCAUGUUAUGAGAGAAAGUCUUAAAAAGAUGAAAGAAUUUUGUUUCCCCAUAAUUGAUGAUCAACGUUGGUAUUCAAGUAUCGAAUCGACUCAUUGGUUGGAACAUGUUCGAGCCACUUUAGCUGGUGCUCUUAAGAUCGCCGAUAAAAUUGAAAAUGCUAAAACCUCAGUUGUUGUUCAUUGUAGCGAUGGAUGGGAUAGAACAUCUCAAUUAUCUUCUCUUGCCAUGAUAAUGUUGGAUUCUUAUUAUCGGACUAUUGUUGGUUUUGAGGUUCUCAUUGAAAAAGAAUGGAUCAGUUUUGGUCAUGAGUUUGCCCUUCGAAUUGGACAUGGAGAGGAAAAGCAAGACAGUGAUCGAUCACCCAUUUUUCUACAAUUUAUCGAUUGUGUUUGGCAAAUGACCAAUCAAUUCCCGAAUGCUUUCCAAUUUAAUGAGAGAUUCCUGAUAACUAUUCUGGAUAACCUGUAUAGCUGCCUUUUUGGUACCUUCCUUUGUAAUUCCGAGUUAGAACGUAACACCGCCAAUAUAAAAAAUGAAACAAUCUCAAUAUGGUCUUACAUUAAUAGUAAUAUGCACCAAUUCAUCAAUCCACUUUAUUCAACCAAAACUCAGGACCAAGUUUUAUUUCCAACUGCUUGUUAUCGUCGAAUUGAACCUUGGAAAAGUUAUUAUUGUCGUUGGAAUCUCUCUCAUCGUACCGAUCUCGAAUCAAUCUAUGAGAGAACCGAGGAAUUGGUUGCUAUCAAUCAAGAUUUGGAAAAACGAGUAGAAGAUCUUCAAAAUCAACUUCAAUUGAAAUUCUCACGAUCGGGUAACAGUUCAACUGUUCUAGCAUCGGGCAAUAGUGGUUCCAACACAACGACCGGCAAUACAUCAUCAAAUAUACCAAACUCAACGAGUCACUCAUCAUCGACCUCAGGCCUUGCAAGAUUAACAUCGGUCAUUUCUUUAUAAAAAUCACGAAGAAAAGGAAUUCUCUAUAUUAUCUAUAUAUAUUUAUUUCUUUAUUAUCCAAAGGAUUGAUCGUUCUAUCUCUUAAUCUUAUCACCAAGCUUUGCCUUAGCGCUUAAGUUGAUUAAUCCAUGGAUAAAUUAUACAUACGAUGAAAUCAUCCCGUCACUUUUUAAUUUGUAUUAUUUGAGAUUUAAUCAUUCAAAUAAUAGUUGAUCUAAUUUUGUUGACAAUCUCAUCUAUGAGUUUUUUUUGUGAAUAAAUAUAAUCAUUUAUUCAAUCUAAUGAAGAUAAUCAUGUGAACAAUUAAGCAAAUAUUUCCACGUGAAUAAAUCAUUGAUUAACUUUGGUAAAAUCUUUGAAAUUCAUCAUAUUACAGAAAUGAAACUCAUUAACAGUUAUCUCAAAGUAUCAAUUCUGCUUAAUUAUCACAAUUAAAUCAAUAGUCUUCAUUAAACAACACCCACAACAAUCAAUGAUUAACUAAAUAUAAUUGUAUAUUAGCCCAAGAUGAGUUUUAAAUCAAAAUUUAAAUCUCUUUUCCCCCUUACUCUCAACUAAAACAAAUUAUUCAUUAAUCAUGAUUACUGAAGUGAUUAAUUGUUCAUUGGUUGUGUUUUAACGUUGAAAAGUUAAUUAGCUGUAAUUACAGAGAAAUGAUAAAAAAAAAGAAUCAAAAAAAGUAACAUCAAU